CACUGAGUGCACUGAUGAAUCUAAGCAGAGCGGCUCCAGAACAUCUCCUGAGGAAAGCGGCUAUCGCUGUGCUCAUCUCCUGAUGGGAGGAGCCUAUGAAGAUGAGACAGUAGUGACCCCCUCUACAAAUUUCUAUCAUUCAGGCAGCUGAAAAAUAGAAAGAACGGAAAGAGUGGUACCUCACAAAAGAUAAGACUUUCAUCAAGUUUUCUGAACAGGCCACAAUGAUGGAGAGAAUGACACUGCUGGUGGUGUGCUGCCUGGUAAUGCCUGUUUUGAGUUCCCCACUCUACCCAGCUCUUAGGUUCGGUCAGAGGGCCUCUGCCUCCAUCCUGGUCAGUUCCUCCAUGGAGGACCCCACCCGGCUGCUUCCAGCACCAGACAUCAGAAAUCUCAACAGGCAAGAGCGACAAAAGGCAGAGUAUCGCUCGGGAAGGCAUGCCGACGCCAUCUUCACCAACAGCUACAGGAAAGUGCUGGGCCAAAUCUCAGCUAGGAAGUUCCUUCAGACAAUAAUGGGCAAACGGCUGGGCAUGGAGGAGGCAGAGAACUAUGUGAAACGUGAUUCGGACCUUUAUGAGGAGGACCUCACCACCAUCCAGAGAGAGCAGAGGUACAGAGCACAGCAGCACGGUUUCCACAGACCCAGCUCUAGGUGCAAUGCCUGUGCCUAUGGGAGGAGCCAUACAGACCUACAUCUGUCUGGAGAUGUGGGCGGGCUGAAACUGGACAGGGACUGAUUGACAGUCUUGGUCCCUCCUCUACCACCAACCUGUUCAUCUCCACGCAACAUUGGGCUCUGAAGUUUAUUUUACAAAACACUUUUAUUUUUUCCAGCAACUAUACAACAACAAA